UCCCUUCAUGUCGUAAAGUACAAGUGUUCUGGCGGUCUGAAAAUGGCGGAGUACCUGGCAUCCAUUUUUGGAACAGAGAAAGACAAGGUCAAUUGUUCUUUCUACUUCAAGAUUGGCGCAUGCCGCCAUGGGGACCGCUGUUCCAGGUUGCAUAAUAAGCCCACCUUCAGCCAGACUAUUGCCCUCUUGAACAUAUACCGGAACCCACAAAACAACGCCCAGUCAGCAGAAGGAUUACGGAGUGCUGUGAGCGAUGUGGAAAUGCAGGAACAUUAUGAUGAGUUCUUUGAGGAGGUCUUCACGGAAAUGGAAGAGAAGUACGGAGAGGUGGAAGAGAUGAACGUGUGUGACAACCUUGGCGACCAUCUUGUGGGCAACGUUUAUGUUAAGUUCCGGCGAGAGGAAGACGCCGAGAAGGCCGUCAUGGACCUGAACAACCGCUGGUUCAACGCGCAGCCCAUCCACGCUGAGCUCUCCCCCGUCACCGACUUCAGGGAAGCCUGCUGUCGACAGUAUGAAAUGGGGGAAUGCACCAGAGGAGGCUUCUGUAACUUCAUGCACCUGAAGCCCAUCUCUCGUGAGCUGCGCAGGGAACUGUAUGGACGCCGCAGGAAACGGCACCGUUCCCGCUCGCGCUCCCGUGAACGCCGCUCUCGUUCUCGUGAGCGUGGUGGUGGUGGUGGUGGCGGCGGCGGCGGUGGUGGUGGUGGCGGCGGUGGUGGUGGUGGGGGUCGCCGUGACCGCGAGAGGAGGAGGUCGAGGGACCGGGAACGUUCUGGAAGGUUCUGAAGGUUCUGGAUGGUUGUAAAGCAGCAGAUUCUCAACAGCAGCAGCAGCCGCCGCCACAUCACAUCCUUGUCCGUCAUCGUCCCCAGACCCUCGCCGCUCCCCGCCGCUUUGAACCAGACGACCCUCCCGAACAACCCCCAAACCCCAUUUCAAAUGUUGGACUUGAUUUUUUGUUUGUUUUGUUUUGUUUUGUUUUUUUUUGUUUUUUUUGUGCCCUCUUCCCAUCAUAAUGUGCUUUUAACAUUUUUUUUAAAAGAUGCAACAACUCUCAAGAUGUUUUGAUUUCUCAAUAAAUGACUUUGUAGUUAUUUCA